GGGCCUGUGGGAGUGCAGAGGGAGACCUGGGGCUCAGAAAAAAUGAGUCUGCAUGAAGGGCAGCUGGGGUGAUUUCCCGGUGGGCGGGAUUGAGGCUUGAAGCGGUAGGAAAAUAGGCACCGCCAGGCCUAGGGUGAGGGGAGGACCGAGGACAGCAGGUGGGCAAGGGAGAAGCGAGAGGGCGCGGGGCGCGAGGGCUGAGGCUCUGGGCGUGGCAUCACUCUCGGUCCCUCUGCUGCGGGCGGCGAGCAGGAGAGUGCAGUGUGUGGAAAGGGAUGCUGGGAUGAGGGGUGUGGGCUGGCAGGCGAAAGAUGCUGGAGGUCGAAUGGGGAGGGGUCUGCAGGAUCGCCUGUGCAGAAGGAAGCUGGAGCGAAAACCGUGAGGUGUGAGCAUGGGGCAGGGCAAAACAUGGGGGAGUCACAGAAUGGUGUGUGAGUGAGUGUGUGUGUGUGUGAGACAGAGAGAGAGAGAAGCGCUUAGAGUGUUUGAAAGGAGUGUGCAAACCCCCAGAGUGUGGAUGCCUGUUUUUCUUAGGGAGUUGUUCAAGGGUGGAGUGUUUGGUACUGAUGGGGAUGGGGUGAUGAGAAGAAGAAGAAAAUGCAUCUUACCCAAGACGGGAACCGAGAGGAGGAUGGCUGCAGGUUGGGUCAGGGAGGGCUCGUGGGUUACAGCAACAUGAGCCUGGGGUCUGAAGGUACCAUGGCCCACACCUGAGAGACGAGGGAAUUCGGCCUCCACCUGCUGAAUACAGAGCUGUGCUGAGGAAGGCGCUGGCUUGGAGAAGUUGCCAGAGCUCUGCCAGCUGACCCUCAGCCUGCACCUUCGGGACUCAUGGCUUCUUCUGGCCCCGGAGGCCCAGACAGUGGGCAUCACCUGGGGUCCUCCUCUCUUUGGAAAAAAAAGAGGCUCCCUGGGGAUUCCAGCAGCCACUGAGGCUGAGGACUCUCAGACUUUUAGGAGACCCAUGGAGACUCACUUCCUCCUGGGUCCUCUUCCCAAAACACCCACCCUGGGACCCCCUUGGACUCAAGCCCACCAGGCCACCAGGACAAAUGGCCACUGAGACCUUCAACACUGGAGACCCAGGUGCAACCCUGGCUUCCUAAUCAGUCCCAGACGUGGGACAGGACUUAAGUUUUCUCAGAAGAAGUGCCAAGGAUCUUUAAAGGGCACCUUUGAUCUCCUUCAGCCCCUCCCUCCCAGACACAGCACCAGGAGGAAACAUCCAGCAGGCAUGGGUGAGAGAGACACAAAAGAUCUGCAGGAACUUUUCCAGGACCUGCUGGCAGCUGACCCAGCCCCAUCCUUGUCCCCUCCCUUUCUCAGGUUUUGAUCAUCAUUCCAGACCCUGGGAGACCUCAACUAGGUGUCUCGCCCCCUAGGCUCCGGAAGGGGACCUCCCGUGGAUCUCAGGAAGCCCUCUGGUGCUCAGAGGCUCCUGGGAAAGUCUCUAGCCAUGAUACCACAUGCUCAGAAGCUCCACCUUCACAGACUCUGGCCCCAGAUGUAGCUGCCUUCCUGUGUCACAGACUCUCGAUUCCAUGGACACAGUCCUCAUGGGCUCCCUCCAGCACUGCUGUUGCCAGCUGCCUAAGAUGGGUGACACUUGGGCCCAGCUUCCCUGGCCCGGGCCACCCCAACCGGCAAUGCUGCUGGUCUCCCUCCUCUUGGCAGCCGGGUUGAUGCACUCGGACGCUGGCACCAGCUGCCCAGUCCUUUGCACAUGCCAUAACCAGGUGGUGGAUUGCAGCAGCCAGCGGCUAUUCUCUGUGCCCCCAGACCUGCCAAUGGACACCCAAAACCUCAGCCUGGCCCACAACCGCAUCACAGCGGUGCCGCCUGGCUACCUCACAUGCUACAUGGAGCUCCGGGUGCUGGAUUUGCGCAACAACUCCUUAAUGGAACUGCCCCGGGGCCUCUUCCUCCAUGCCAAGCGCUUGGCACACUUGGAUCUGAGCUACAACAACUUCAGCCACGUGCCAGCCGACAUGUUCCAGGAGGCCCAUGGGCUGGUCCACAUCGACCUGAGCCACAACCCCUGGCUGCGGAGGGUGCACCCCCAGGCCUUCCAGGGCCUCGUGCAGCUCCGAGACCUGGACCUCAGCUAUGGGGGCCUGGCCUCCCUCAGCCUGGAGGCUCUUGAGGGCCUACCGGGGCUGGUGACCUUGCAGAUCGGCGGCAAUCCCUGGGUGUGUGGCUGCACCAUGGAGCCCCUUCUGAAGUGGCUGCGAAACCGGAUCCAGCGCUGUACAGCAGAUUCUCAGCUGGCUGAGUGCCGGGGCCCCCCUGAAGUCGAGGGCGCCCCGCUCUUCUCACUUACUGAGGAGAGCUUCAAGGCCUGCCACCUGACCCUGACCCUGGACGAUUACCUAUUCAUUGCAUUCGUGGGCUUCGUGGUCUCCAUCGCCUCUGUGGCCACCAACUUCCUCCUGGGCAUCACUGCCAACUGCUGCCACCGCUGGAGUAAGGCCAGUGAAGAGGAAGAGAUCUGACAUGCCUGCCUCUCAUCCCUCCAUGCUGCUGACCGCCACAGCCACUGGCCACCAGACGCCCUCCCUGACUGCCCACUCUGGUUCCAUGGUGACCUGGCUGCCUCAGUCAUGGUUCAAGCAAGGGGGAGACACUCACUUUGUAUGAGCAUCUGCUUUGGGCCAGGCGGUGCCCUAGGAACUGGGAACGUCGGAUGAAUUGACUCAGUCCUUGCCCUCAAGGCACUUCCCUCUGGUCAAGGAGAGAGAUCCAAAACUAUUCCCUUUAAGACUGUAUGUCAGGAUUCUGAGCACGCCAUUAUGGAGGCCCAGAGGAGGAGCCAUCAUCUGUGUCUAGCAAUGUCCAUGAGAAUUAUAAGAUUAGUGUGAUUUGUGAACUGGGUCAUCAGGAAAUAUCUACUUCAUCAGGUAGGCAAAGAAGGGUGUCUGCAAAUGGCAGAGGCCAGAAUUGCAUAGUGCGCUGUGUUGAGAAGAGUGAACAGUUCCUGGUCACUUACUUGUAUAGAGGGGGUGUGGCACAGAACUCAAACCUACCCCCCACCUCCUGACACUAAAACUGUCAGCUCUCAGCAAUGCCAGCCACUGCCUCCAGGGAGUAAGAACACCUCCAUACCAGCCCCUGGCCUCCUUCCACCAGCAGCUACCAGGUGAGACCACCUCCCAGUGACUGCCCCCAUAUGACCAAUUGUCACCAGUUGGUGAGGUCCCAGGCAGCAGGCUGAGGAUGGACACUGUCAAUGCCCUUUCACCUGCCUCUCACUCAAGCUUGGCUUCAGAAGAGAGAGGCAGGAGGCCCAGCAACUGGGGGAGCAAGAGUCCUGGCACCUUGGGACCCUAAUCGUGUGACUGUUCUUGCCACAGUGCUCAUGCCACAGGGUCUCACCAGGAAAGUGCACGGUGGGCCACAGACCCGUAACCUGGCAGCACCCAGAGCUAAAAGGGGACAAAGGCAGCACAGUUACGACCAUAUGAGGCUUUGCGUUUUCUUCUAAGCAACUUACCCACGUUAAGCAUAAGGGUGAGAGAGCUGUUAAAUACUAAGCCCUUGGCAGUGUCAGGCACUGUGAAAAGCUCUCUCCACAAACCAUUCCCUUUAACACACACACAAAUCUUUUGAGGUGAACGCUGUUGUUCCCAUUUUAUGGAUGAGGCAAUUAAGGCUCAGAGAGGUUGAAGUCAUAUGCCACUAUGAGCACGAUAAAGUCCGUGCUCUUUCUACUGCCCCAUCUAAGUUUUGGAACAUCACCACUUCCUCUAGAGUUAUAUAAAUUCAAAUUCAACUAGAGCUGACAAAGUUCCUCAUAAGGUCCAGGCACUCCUCCGGGCACUUUUAUAUCUAUUGACUCACUUCUUUCAAUUGUCACAGCAACACUGCCUGGUGGUUUUUUAUUAUCCCCAUUUGACCGAUGAAUUAAUCUUAGAGAGUUGAGUGACUUACCCAAGGUUGUCUGGAUAAGCCCUAGGAGGAAAGUGGUAGGCAGCUCCAUUCAGGGAAACUGCAUCUAAUCAGUCAGUCAAAAAUCAAGUAACUUUACGAGCAAAGCACAAUUAUCAUCGUUGUCUUCCUCGUCAGUUUCGUCAGUGUCAUCAUUAUCUGCCCUCUAUUUGUUCAGCACUGGAUAGUUCAUGAGUAUUUUUGCAUCAUUCUCCUUGACUUUUCACAACCCUGUGCAGGAGGUAAAUCAAACAUUGGUAAUCCUGUUUUACAGAUGGAGAAAAAAAGUCUCAAGGUUGGGUAUGACUUGUCUAUGUGACAAGGUUGGGACUCAACCCGAACACGGUUCUCUUUCCAGUGCUUUCCCAAGUGCUUGGGGAAGAGAAUGCCUCAGAGGGCUGGGUAGUGGGGCCCUGGAAUUCAGCAUCCAUGAAUGUGCUAGUGGAUCAGCUAAAUAGAAGGUAGUCAAACCCAUCUGCUGUACAGAUUGAACUAUGCUCACGGUAGGGCAAAUUGCAGGCUCU